UUGUUUAUAUUUUUUCUUUUUUUCAUUUUGGUUGAUUCUUUUGUGGUUAAGUCGGUAGUGUUCUUGUCUUUCCUUUUAUUGCUUCGCAAGCUGUGAUUAUUUACGCAUAUCUGACACCUCUUAUGCCAGAAUCUGUUUAGAUUCAAUGAUUCUGUAUAUGCUGAUGAAUUUAUGAGCUUGUUGAAAUUAAUUUUUAUUUUUGUACAUAUUUUAUUGGGAAAGUAAAUAUUUACAAGUUUAUGCCAGUUUCUUUCUUCCUUCCGAGUUAAAUAUUUUAUGAAAAUCGAAGAUUAAUUCAUCCUAAACCUCUAUUUUAUCCACCCAUUCAAAAUUUGUUUAAUUUUUCAACUCAUAGGUAUUCCUUAUAUUUUCAAAUUUGCCUUGUUUUACCUCAGACUUUAUUUAAAUUUAAUUUCUUAUUUUCAAAAUCAGACCUUCACGUUCAUCAAUUAGUCCUACUAAUGCAUGUGAAAAGUCUACAUCUAUACCAACAUCUAAUAAUCGUGAACAACAACUUCCACCUGGGACGAGUUCAAGUGGACUUUUCCCUUCUGGCCCUGUAUUUCCUCCUUUUCCAAUGGCCGCUGCAGCUGCGGCAGCUUUUUGUGGGAUUAAUUCAAAUACAAUUGAACAGAUUUUAAAAACCUUUGAACAAUUAGAAGAGGCAAAUGAGAUUGAGCAAUUGGGCCGUUUUCUGUUUUCAUUACCCCCUCCACUUCAAAUAAAGAUUGGAAUGACUGAACCUGUAUUGAGGGCUAAAGCUUUGAUUUGUUAUCAUAGUGGUAACUUCAAAGAACUUUAUAAUAUAUUAGAAAAUCACAAAUUCUCUCCCAAUUCUCAUUCCAAAUUACAACUAUUGUGGCAAGAAGCUCAUUACCAAGAAGCAGAAAAAAUUCGUGGAAGAGGACUUGGUCCUGUAGAUAAAUAUCGUGUAAGGAAAAAACAUCCUUGUCCACCAACAAUUUGGGAUGGAGAACAAAAGACUCAUUGUUUCAAAGAAAAAACAGUAAUUGGAUUUUUAAAGGAAUAA